AUGUCUAAAAUCAAGGCUGCACCCCCACCAGGGUGCACAAUCAACAUUACUGACCCUCAUGUACAAGAGGCAGCUAUCCGUAUCCAGGCUUCAUACCGGGGGCAUCGGUCCAGAAAAGAGCUCCGUGAAAAGGGCCCCCCAAAGUUUCUACAGGAACUGAAUGAUGUGCUUCUGGUGGAAGGAAGUGCUGCAAAGCUAGAGUGUCGAGUCAGCGCUUUCCCUGACCCAUUCAUCAUCUGGUCAAAGGACAGAAAAGAGCUCAAUGAUGGACCCAAAUACCGCUAUGUGUUCGAAGACCCUGAUGUUGUAGCACUAGUUGUACGUGAUGGGGAACUGGCGGAUCUGGGAAGAUAUACCGUUACCAUCAAAAACCCCUUUGGCCAGACCUCGGGCUCUGCCUGUAUCAUUGUGGAGGUUCCAGCUAAGGUGAACAAGGGGCCGGACAGCGUUAAGGCCAGGCGAGGGACUACAGUGGUGUUGAAGGCAGAUAUCAGUGGGGAACCACCCCCUGAUGUUGGCUGGCUCAAGGAUGGAGAUGACAUAGAGGAAGAUGACAGGGUAUUUUUUGAUGUAGGAGACACCAAUACCAUCUUGACCAUCAAAAAUGCACAGCCAUCGGAUUCGGGAAAGUACGAAGUGUUCCUGGAAAACAAUCUGGGAACAGACCAGUCCUUCGCUCGGGUGGACAUCCUUUGAGGGUUUCUGUACAGCUCUUCUGUCUUUCUACGUCCUCAUCUUGUCUUCCACACAGGCUUCAUUCUCUUUCGUUACUAGCUUUACACUAGAGGCUAAACUAAAAUUUGAUUUCGCGUGUAUAGAUGUUUCCGGUUUUCCAAUCUCCGGUUAAAUGUUUCAAAACCAACGUGCAUGUGAAUAAAAAA